CUCCAACAAUGUCCGUCCCACGACUGACAUUCCUGUACCCUCACCUCUACCGCUCGCUUCGGGUCUGCGAGUCCACUACCCCCAAAGCUCGAUUACGCUCCCCAACACAACAUGGCACCCGCUCCAAGAAAAGGAAUUUCUCUACAGCAGAACAGAGAAACGUCCCUCAAUUCGUCCAACGACAUGGAAAAGCAGUUGAGCCCUUCGUCCCAGAAGGCCAAAGUGCAGAAGAUAUGAAAAUCUUCACACCUUCCCCAACAACAGACGAGAAAAUCGAGACGAACCCAUCCUCGUCAGCUCCCCUCUCCGACGAAACGCAAGCCGCGGCCUUCAUUCCAGGCGACGAUGGCAAAGAAGUCAUAUACGAGAACGUGCCGCCGAAAGAAGAGCAGCCGCCCGCAGCUCCAAAACAGAAAGAGACGGCGGGGGGACCGAUAGAGACGAUACUACACAUGCCGACGCCGGAGUCGGUCGAGGAGGAAAAUGCUGCGAAGCCCCCGCAUCUGCAGACGCCGCCUUAUGUGCAUCAUUUCGAUACGUAUACGUUGGUGCAGCAGGUUGAGGCGGGAGGGUUUACGACGGAGCAGAGUGUUACGUCUAUGAAGGCUGUGAGGGGGCUGUUGGCGCAGAAUUUGGAUGUUGCGAAGGCGGGGUUGGUUAGUAAGAGUGAUGUUGAGAACGAAACUUAUCUGUUUAGAGCUGCGUGUUCGGAGCUGCGGACGGAGAUUCAGAAUAGUAGGAAGAAGCAAGAGGAGACGAUGAGAAGGGAACGGACGCUGUUGCAACAUGAAGUGGAUAUUUUGAAUCAGAAGCUUACGCAGGAGUUGUUGACACUGAAGGAUGAUUUGAAGGGGAUGUUUGAUGAUAGGAAGAUGUCUGUUAGGAGUGAGCAGCGGGCUAUGGAAAGCAAGAUCCAAGAACUCAACUAUAAAAUUACAGUCAUGUUGAACAGCGACAGUAAAUCUGAGGUAGAAGGCCUUAGAUGGGUCCUGACGAGAAGAUCCGUGAUGGGUAUAUUGUUCAUGGCUUUCAUGGUCCUGACUUCGUUGCGGUAUGCGAGUUAUAAGUCUCAUGAGGAUGAGAUGAAGAAGAAGAAAGAGGAAGAACAUCUCAAGGCUAGUCCGGUGGCGAUUGAGGAUCUACCCGCUCAAGGGGCUGCGGAGAUCUUGGCGGCGAAUUAAGAACGGCUGCAUGGUGUCAGUGUGUAUAGUUUGUCUUGUCUUGUACAUAGAGAUUAUGAGUGUAUUUAGACCUUCGUACAAUACCCAGCAGACAAGCUUACAAGGCUACUUAUCAAACAUUAACGGUGGCCCGCAAUGGC